AUGGCCGUCCUCGAAGGAAGAUUGCUUUUUACAGCAGUGACAACCCUCACCUGUCUUGGUUUCCUUCUCAUAGGAUAUGACAAUGGGCUCAUGGGAGGGUGUGUGCCUCUGGUCAAUUCCACAGCAUUCGGAGACACGUUCGAUACUCCCAGUGCAACUAUCACUGGUUUGAUAGUUGCCAUCUAUGAAGUCGGAUGUUUCUUUGGCAGUAUUGCCACAUCUCUCUGCGGCGAGCAAAUUGGUCGCAAGAAAUCAAUCGCUAUUGGUGUCGUGAUUAUGAUCAUUGGAGCUCUACUUCAAGCCACUGCUUAUACCAGAACUCACCUGAUUGUUGCAAGAAUCGUUUCGGGUGUGGGGAUGGGAUUUAUAAAUUCUACGGUUCCAGUCUUCCAAGCCGAAUUCAGUCCCAAAGCAACAAGAGGAUUAUAUGUCUGCAUGCAACUUUCGACUCUCAACCUUGGCAUCUUUCUUGCGUAUUGGAUCGACUACGGCUUCACAGAAUCAUACACCUCCUCCUUCGCCUGGCGCAUCCCAUGCAUUCUUCAAUGCAUCUUCCUCCUCCCAAUGCUCAUCCUUCUCCUCCUGGUCCCCGAAUCGCCAAGAUGGCUCGCUGCACAUUCUCGUGCAGACGAGUCCCUCUCAGUUCUCACUCGUCUCCACGCCUAUCACAGAACACCCCUCGAAAUAACCACUCUCCAUUCAUCUAUUGUCCAAACUUGCGAGUUCGAAGCCUCUGUCGGUGCUGGGAAAUGGUCUGAUCUGUUUCAUAAUGACUCAAUCCAAUCUCAACGUCGCUUUUUAAUCGCUUGUUCCAUUCAAUCGUUCCAACAACUCGGCGGAAUCAACGCCCUCAUCUACUACAGCAACACCCUCUUCUCCAAAUCCCUGCACUUCUCCCCACACCUCUCGGCCCUCAUGUCCGGCUUCCUGCAAACCUGGUUCUUCCUCGCCUCCUUCAUCCCCUGGCUCCUCAUCGACCGCAUCGGCCGGCGGCCCCUCCUCCUCUCCAUGAUCACCCUCAUGGCAGCCGUAAUGGCCGUACAAACCGGCCUGAUCUAUAACGUCGAGCACGCAACCGCCAUCGCGACCCCCUGCGGCAUCGCCGCCGCCGUCAUGCUGUUCGUGUUCGAGGGCGCAUUCACCAUCGGUUUCCAAGCCACGGUCUGGGUCUACCCAUCGGAGAUCCUGCCCCUGAGGUUGAGGCAGCGCGGCGCGGCGGUGAGUACGGCGUGUAAUUGGAUUUUUAAUUUCAUGGUGGUGAUGGUUACGCCGGUGAGUAUCCAGAAUGUGGGGUAUAGGACGUAUAUUAUCUUUGCGGUGCUGAAUGCGUGUUGGGUGCCGGUGAUUUUCUUUUUCUAUCCCGAGACGAAGGGGUUGGAAUUGGAGGAUGUGGAUCGGUUGUUUGCUAAGGAUGAGGGGGCGAGGGAGGGGUUGAGGGAGGUGGGAGUGAGGGAGGGGAGUACGGAUAAGUUUGAGGGGAACGGGGUUGAGGGUGUUUGA